CAGCCGAAAUGCAGUCUCAGAGGAUCCCGGGGAGAAAGCGAGGCCGACCCCCACUUCACUCAACACCUAUGAAGAUGGCAGUUCAUAACCUUUAUUCUGCUUCAGCUGGUUCUUUACCAGCAGUGAAGAUCCCAAAGAAAAGAGGGCGGAAACCCGGGUACAAGCUCAAGUCUCAGGUUCUCAUGACGCCUUUAGCCCUCUCACCCCCGCGGAGCACGCCGGAGCCCGACCUCAGCUCCAUCCCUCAGGAUGCAGCCACCAUACCCAGCUUGGCAGCUCCACAGGCUCUCACAGUCUGCCUCUACAUCAACAAGCAAGCCAACGCAGGGCCGUACCUUGAGAGGAGGAAGGUACAGCAGCUCCCCGAGCACUUUGGGCCCGAGAGGCCGUCGGCCGUCCUGCAGCAGGCUGUGCAAGCGUGCAUCGACUGCGCCCACCAGCAGGAGCUGGUCUUCUCCCUGGUCAAGCAGGGCUACGGUGGGGAGAUGGUGUCAGUCUCCGCGUCCUUUGAUGGGAAGCAGCACCUGCGGAGUCUGCCCGUGGUGAACAGCAUUGGGUAUGUCCUCCGCUUCCUUGCCAAGCUGUGCCGAAGCCUCCUGUGUGACGACCUCUUCAGCCACCAGCCGUUUCCCAGGGGCACCAGCGCCUCCGAGGAAGCCCCUGAGAGCCAGGAAGACAGGAUGGACUCAGCAAAAACAGUCACCACUGAGGAGUGCCUGGUGAACCCUGCGAGCAUGAACCGCUACAGCGUGGACUCCUCCUCCUCCGCCUUUAGCCACAGGGGCUCCCUGCCCACCUCCUCUUCGUUGUACUGCAAGAGGCAGAACUCUGGAGACGGCCACCUUGGGGGAGGCUCAGCCACCACAGUCGGUGGUCCCCAUACCAGCCCCAUGUCCUCUGGAGGCCCCUCAGCACCUGGGCUGAGGCCCCCUGGCUCCAGCCCCGAGAGAAAUGGGACCUCUCUUGAAGGAAACAGAUGUGCCUCCAGCCCUUCUCUGGACAGCCGGCGGCCAAGGAGCAGGAACCCCUCUACCUGGUCCGUGGAGGAUGUGGUCUGGUUCGUGAAAGACGCAGACCCGCAGGCUCUGGGGCCCCACGUGGAGCUCUUCCGGAAGCAUGAGAUUGAUGGCAAUGCCCUCCUGUUGCUGAGGAGUGACAUGAUCAUGAAAUACUUGGGCCUAAAGCUGGGACCUGCACUGAAACUCUGCUACCAUAUUGAUAAACUGAAGCAAGCCAAGUUCUGAAGGUAUUUAAAAGAUAGAAGCAAAAUCCAGACAACAGACCUCCAGAUCAUCUUCUGCCUUACCAACAUUUGCCACCAUCACAAAGACUCUCUCCUGAGAAAGAACAGCCACAAAGACUUGGUCUUUUUAUAAAACUUGUGCAUCUUGACCUUUUAAAAAAUUCAACAUGGCCCUUUUGAAAGGUUCUUCUGUGUUAAUGAUUUGCCAGAAAAUUACAAAGAAGCCUGUUAUUUUUAACAUUUCUGGUAGGUUGGUAGCUCUUAGGGUGGGUACUGUUUUUAUAAUGAGAGUGUGGGGAACUGAAUGCUGUCACCCAAGGAGGACACUGGAGACGUCCAAGGAUGUGAGAAGAACCUUUGUCCCUGCAGGCUCUGCGGGGACGCCCACCGCAGCACUACCUGUUUUUAGCUCUGACUUGGGGACCCUAUCGUUGUGAAUCUUGCUUAAGUCAGCUCUGGAAGCUGUCUUCUGAGGAUAAAUACCUCACCUUGCACUAUCUGGAAAACUUGAAUUCUUUUGCUCUCUGAAAGAGAAGGAAAAAAAAAAUCUUUUCUAUUCCUAGUUAUCUGAAGUACUGUGUUUCCCCACUAGAGGGCAGACUGCUAAUGUAUUUUCGGGACCCUCACUUCAGCAGCCUGAUAUUCAACACCCAGUGGAUGGAUUAGGGUUUCUGUGAACAAGACCUAGCCUACACAGACACAGGGAAUUUAUUCCACAGUCAGCACCACAGAUUGCAACUUGGGAAGAAACCGUCUUCUAGAAGGUUCUAGUUCAUAUCCAAUCAUUACUGACUGACUGAGGUGCACCAGCAGCAAAGUCAAGAAUUUGGAAGCACGUUCUUCCCAGAUGGGGCUUUGGAGUUCCUUCCCUUCCAGAGUCUUUACUGAGGUGUCGAUGUAUUGGCAUGCUGGAGAGGUUAGUGACAUUUAGUCAUGGUGUUUCUUUAAAAAAGAAGAAAGAUGUCUCUACUAAGCUUUGAAAUGGGAGAGUGUUGAUUUCUAGCUACAUGGUGGGAUUAUAUAGUUGUAUGUGUGGCUAAUUUUAAUAAUAAUAGCAUGUACACAGAUAUGCUAUUAUUGGGUUUAAUUCAAUUUACAAAUAGGUUUUCCUUUCUCACCGUGGAGUAAUAGAAAAAUACUGAUUUCUACCCUUUUGUAGCUGUGUCCAGGGACGGACAAUGAAUCCACAAUUUACUAGGCAGAAGGGCAGCCUUGUCUCCAUUCUUCUUUUUAUCCUUUUCCUUUCUCUCUCCCUGUCUCUUUUUUCCUUCCUCUCUCACUGAACGGGAAACAUAUCUUCAAAAUGAAUUUGCCUUUGCCGUGGGCAUGUCCUCUUCCUUAAAAAACAUCUGUAGCGUUGUAAGGGAGGAGAUGAAUACUAGACUUUGUGAUCUCUGGGAGGCGGAAGAUCAAGAGCCACUCAGGGCCUCCCCUGGCCCAAAUGCAAAUCAGAAAAGGCACAACAUCCUCGGGAUGCAGCCUGGAUGGGCGUCUUGGCUGGUGAGUGGAGCAGGGUGGGAUUGCAGCCUUCUCACCCCUCCACCAGGUGACCUUGUGCAGAACAAGACCUGUACAAACUUGAGGGCAGCCCUAGGUAGAUUUGUAUAUUGAUCCUCUAUAAAUCAGUUAGAACUUGGAUGAGGAUCACAAGAAACAUUCCAUGCCAUGCUCUUAGACCCACUUUGAUGAGUGGUAUUUGAGAAAGCACAUCAGAGCAAAAUCCUUUUUAGACACGCAAAUGGUGGCGGACUUAAAGCGUGACAGAAAAGGGAUAGAGCAGAGUGUCCUAAAACUGCCCAUGGAACUGAGCUUGAGUUAUCAGGCUGUGGAAGAGCUGAAUGUCUGUUGGUCCCGGCACCUGACAAAACUACCCUGAAUCAGGCCUUGGGACAGCGUCUUCAAGAUUUUGAAACAAUAAAUUGACUCUGUCCCUCAAGGUUUGUAAAUCGUGACGUGCUCACUGCUGAUCUGGAGUUAGAUAGUUGCCCUCAAAAAACCAC